GCUCGUCCCGUAUGCGUUCUUUAGGAGGCAGAGACUGUCGCCUCCUGCGCCUUCCAGAUUCUGCUUGCCCAUAGUCAGAGAGAUGGUUUCUUGAUUUCCCUGCCUCGCUCCUUCAGUGAGUAAAUGCUCCAUGUCCAAGUUCUCCCUCUGCGCAUCCUGUGAUGAGCAUGUAGGAAAUUUUGUGAAGAGUAAGCUCCAAAUUUAAGAGAACAGAACUAGGUAAGUGAUUUAGAAGUGCAGAUUUCAGUUUAAUCUACAUCAGAAGUUGACAAACUUUUUCUCAGGUUUGUAGGCCAUAGGGUCUCUGCCCCACUCACUGAGCUCUGCCAUUGGCACUCGGAAGCACUUGGACCACUCCUAAACAAGUGAGCGGGACUGUGUCCCCUAACUGGUUGUUUACAAGAACGGGAAGCCGGCCCUCCUUCAGCCAGCCUUGUCAAAUAAUUAACUCCAACACUUGCUUAAUCCUCAGUUAGGAAGGGGUGCGGGGGAUCCCCCUCCCUAGUUUCCUUAAACCUCCCUGUCUCAGGUUCCCCUGUCCGACUCCUGACUGCCAGAGGGAGCAGCUGAUUUCUGGCAUUUCUGUGGAGCUGUCGACAGGUGGACGAGACACCCCUCCCCCAUUCUCCUCCCUGUUUCCAGGGGCAGCGAGAGCAUCUUACCCAGGUUUUUACCCUGGGAGAGAUUUAGGUCCUCAUAUCCCCAUGAGCUUUUUAGUUGAAUCAAACAGACCACACUGUCCCUGUCUCUUCUGUGAAGAGUGGCACCAGAAUUAGAACCUGGGUAGGUAACCAGUUAGGGGCCUUGGUACAUCAAAGGGCAGUAAUAACAGAAGAAUUCAAAGUGCCUGAUAAAAUGGUUGGAUUUAUUAUCGGCCGGGGAGGUGAGCAGAUCUCGCGGAUUCAAGCAGAAUCUGGUUGCAAAAUUCAGAUUGCGUCAGAGAGUUCUGGGAUUCCAGAGAGGCCCUGUGUACUUACCGGAACCCCAGAAAGUAUUGAACAAGCCAAACGGCUCCUGGGGCAGAUCGUGGACCGCUGUCGGAACGGACCCGGCUUUCACAAUGACGUUGACGGCAACAGCACGGUCCAGGAGAUUCCCAUCCCAGCGUCGAAAGUGGGUCUGGUCAUUGGCAAAGGCGGGGAGACGAUAAAGCAGUUGCAGGAGCGGACCGGCGUGAAGAUGGUCAUGAUCCAGGACGGCCCAUUGCCCACAGGAGCAGACAAGCCCCUUCGCAUCACCGGAGACCCGUUUAAAGUUCAGCAAGCGAGAGAAAUGGUCUUAGAAAUCAUCCGAGAGAAAGACCAAGCUGACUUUCGAGGUGUGCGCGGUGAUUUCAGCUCUCGAAUGGGAGGAGGCAGUAUAGAGGUGUCUGUGCCUAGGUUUGCUGUCGGGAUUGUAAUAGGAAGAAACGGGGAAAUGAUCAAAAAGAUCCAGAAUGAUGCCGGUGUGAGAAUUCAGUUCAAACCAGAUGACGGUAUUAGUCCGGAGAGAGCUGCACAGGUGAUGGGACCCCCGGAUCGAUGCCAGCACGCAGCACAUGUCAUCAGCGAGCUUAUUCUCACAGCACAGGAAAGAGACGGCUUCGGAGGCCUGGCGAUGGCCAGGGGGAGAGGCCGCGGCCGUGGCGACUGGAGCGUGGGGACCCCCGGCGGCGUCCAGGAGGUGACCUACACUGUGCCGGCCGACAAAUGCGGCCUCGUCAUUGGCAAAGGGGGCGAGAACAUCAAGAGCAUAAACCAGCAGUCAGGAGCGCACGUGGAGCUUCAGCGGAACCCCCCUCCCAGCACCGACCCCAACCUGCGGAUAUUCACCAUCCGGGGGCUCCCUCCGCAGAUCGAGGUGGCCAGACACCUCAUAGAUGAGAAAGUCAGCGGGACCAGUCUUGGAGCUCCUGGACCCUUUGGACAGAGCCCCUUCAGCCAGCCGCCUGCCGCACCUCAUCAAAACACCUUUCCUCCAAGGAGCUCAGGGUGCUUCCCAAACAUUGCUGCUAAAGUGAACGGAAACCCCCAUAGCGCCCCUGUGAGUGGUCCUCCCGCCUUUCUGACCCAGGGCUGGGGCAGCACCUACCAGGCGUGGCAGCAGCCCACACAGCAGGUUCCAAGCCAGCAGAGCCAGCCGCAGAGCAGCCAGCCUGACUACAGCAAGGCCUGGGAGGACUACUACAAAAAACAGAGUCACGCCGCCAGCGCCGCGCCCCAGGCCAGCACCCCACCGGACUACACCAUGGCCUGGGCGGAGUACUACCGGCAGCAGGUCGCCUUCUACGGGCAGACGUUAGGGCAGGCGCAGGCCCCCAGCCAGGAGCAGUAGGACCCGCGGCUCCCCUCCCUCAAAAGCAUUGUGAGCAAAGACCUGUUUGUAACAGAGGUUUUUGGAUUUGCAAACCCUUUGAUGAAGAACCUUUGUUUUGUUCUGUGAAACACUAUAUUUAGAUUAACAGAAUUUUUCUAAAAAUCAGGAGAAUUAGUUACUAAAAAUUGCUGACAAUUUUUGUUUCAUUAUCGUUGUUCGUUACUUCAAAUGCGUAAGCUCUGGGAAUCUUUUUGGAGCAAUACCUGCAGAUUCUGGCACCAGAAUGUGCCUCAGAGCGGUGACAUUUCAAUGUGGUGUGUUCUGGUUUUGUUUUGUUUUGUUCGUGUGUCUCUUUAUUUACAGUUUUUUCUGUUGCAACAGAAAAAAGUGGCUUGGAAGUCUUAGGUGGUUUGUAACAAAUUCUUUAAAAAAAUUUUUAAACAGUAUUUAAAUAUUCUUAAAUGUGUAAAUUCAUUAAAUGUUUUACUUCUAAUUUCUUGUAUCUUGGCUGUCUGGUUUUAUUGCAUUUUUUAAAAAACUGAACUAUUAUGUAUUAUAAUUAAUUAUGUGAAUUCUGAAUUGAGACAGAUAAUUAUAUUGCUGUCCAACAGGGAUCGGGAGGGGGCAUUUUUUAGGGUUUGUAUAAUUUCUAGAGUUCUAAAGGGGUUAAUAAUAUAAAAAUGUUUUUGUGUGUUUAGCAGAUGUUUUUUCAUGUCUCCAUUAUCUACCGGUUGCAAUUGUGUAUCUAAGACCUCCAAGCUUGUUUUAAAAACAAAACAAAAAAACCUUUCUCUAUUCUCUCAGAAAUAUAAAUACUGUUAUUUUUAAUAUUAAAAAUAAAUUCAAUAUAACUUUUAACAAACACUGUGGAACAUUAAACCGCAUAAAAAUGUAGUAACUAUUUUUUAAUUCCAAGGUGUUUUUUGCUUUUUUCUUUUAAAUGUUUUCUUAAUAUUUGUCAAAUUAACUAGAUGAAUAAAUAAAUCUAGCAUUAACCGCAAUAUGAAUUAAAUAAUUUUGAUUUAAUAAAAGGGAUAAUAUGGUUUCCAAUGUUUACUGUAGUGUAUCUUGUACAGGUAACAUGUAUUUUUAAAGGAAAGAAAAACGGAAUUGAAGCUAUUUUUUUUUUCUUGCAUUUUUCAAUUGACCUGGGGGACAUUCCGUUUGAGAUGUACUGAAGUUACAGUGUCUGGGAGCUAUUCUCCUUUUUUUCCUUAUAAUGCUUGAAAUGUCUAACUAUUAAAAAAGGCAAUUGGAAAAUGUUAUGCAUGUUGUUUUUUUUUAAAAAAAAGACGUGUUCUUUUUAUUUGACUGACAAUUCAUUUUACACUCUACAUAAUAAAAUUUCCACAAGACAUCUUGUGGGCAAAGUA